AUGCCUACCAUACCACAGGGUCGGGUAUCGGCCGCUUCACCACCACACAGAUCGCCUCUUGCCCGUGGCGGCGGCGGCGAAACCAAGACGGCAUCUUUCCAGAUCCUGGAACCGCGAGCAUAUUCUCAGCAGUGGCCCAGGACGCGCGCUCCGUCCCCAGAUCGGCCCGAGCGCGUGGCUCUGCAUGAAAAGCUGCAGGCUUCUGCGUCUCCCGCACGGGCUACGGAGCCGUCGGUUGAGGUUGGAGAACGCCGCGAGCCCUGGCGAAGGAUAGGUACCUGGUGCGCAUCCUGGAUCCGGCAGGGGUUUGGCAACAGCCACUCUGACGGCUUGUCAAUCAAACAGGGUGGGAGGACAGCGAUCCCGUCAAACACAUUACUCGAGACGUCGUCGACGAUGAGGGGCCGUGACUCGCGGGGCCGUCAGUCCCAAGUCGUGCCUGUGCCGUGCCUGGAGCGCGUGCAUGCAUGCAUAUUGCAGUGCAGGCGCCAUUUCCGCGAGCAUCCCCGAGCGAGCUGCUGCAGGGGUCGUUCGGGCAGUGUCCGGGAGCGAGGCAGAUGUUGGAGAUGUGGUCGCGAACAUGUCGCGUGA